GCCUCGAGGCGGGUAGGAGGGGCUGGAGCGAAAGUUGCGGGCGCUAGAGCUGGCGGCCGGUAUUAUGGAGCCAGGCCCCGCUCAGUCCCCCGGCCCCGCUCUGUCCCCCGGCCCGUCCCACUCUUUCAAGGAGGAGCUGCUCUGCGCCGUCUGCUACGACCCCUUCCGCGACGCCGUGACUCUGCGCUGCGGCCACAACUUCUGCCGCGGGUGUGUGACUCGCUGCUGGGAGAUGCAAGUGGCGCCCACCUGCCCGGUGUGCAAGGACCGCGCGGCCCCCGCCGACCUGCGCACCAACCACACCCUGAACAACCUGGUGGAGAAGCUGCUGCGCGAGGAGGCCGAAGGCGCGCGCUGGACCGGCCACCGCUCCCCGCGCCUCUGCCGCCUGCACCGCGGCCCGUUCAACCUUUUCUGCCUCGACGACAAGGAGCUGCUGUGCUGCUCGUGCCAGGCCGACCCCCGGCACCAGGGGCACCGCGUGCAGCCAGUGAAGGACACUGCCCACGACUUUCGGGCCAAGUGCAGGAACAUGGAGCACGCGCUGCGGGAGAAAGCCAAGGCCUUCUGGGCCAUGAGGCGCUCCUACGAGGCCAUCGCCAAGCACAACCAGGUGGAGGCUGCCUGGCUGGAAGGGCGAAUCCGCCAGGAGUUUGAUAAGCUUCGCGAGUUCUUGAGAGUGGAAGAGCAGGCCGUCCUGGAUGUCAUGGCCGAGGACAGGAGGCAGAAGCAGCUGCAGGCCGAGGAGAAGAUGAAACAGCUUGCGGAAGACACGGAGGCUCUAGCCCAUGAGAUCGAGCGGCUGCAGAAGGAGAUGAAGGAAGAUGAUGUUUCUUUUCUCAUGAAACAUAAGAGCCGAAAACGCCGCCUCUUCUGCACCAUGGAGCCAGAGCCCGUGCAGCCCGGCAUGCUCAUCGACGUCUGCAAGUACCUGGACUCCCUGCAGUACCGCGUCUGGAGGAAGAUGGUCAUGUCUGUUGAAUCUGUGCCCUUCAGCUUUGAUCCCAAUACUGCAGCCGGCUGGCUUUCUGUGUCAGAUGACCUCACCAGUGUCACCAACCACGGCUACCGCGUGCUGGUGGAGAACCCAGAGCGCUUCUCCUCAGCGCCCUGCCUGCUAGGCUCGCGUGCCUUCUCCCACGGCUCCCACGCCUGGGAGGUAGACGUGGGGUCCCUGCCCAGCUGGCGGGUGGGCGUGGUGCGCACGCGCCAGGACACCAGUGCCGAGGGCCACUCGCACAGCUGCUACCACGACACUCGCUCGGGCUUUUGGUACGUGUGCCGCACACAGGGGGUAGAGGGAGACCACUGCGUGACCUCAGACCCUGCCACGUCGCCCCUGGUCCCCGCCAUCCCGCGCCGUCUGCGCGUGGAGCUGGAGUGCGAGGAGGGUGAGCUGUCUUUCUAUGAUGCCGAGCGCCACUGCCACCUCUACACCUUCCACGCCCGCUUUGGGGAGGUGCGGCCCUACUUCUACCUGGGGGGCACACGAGGGGACGGCCCCCCCGAACCUCUGCGCAUCUGUCCCCUGCGCAUCACCGUCAAGGAGGAGUUAGAUGGCUGAGGCUGGCCCAGGAGCUUGCCGGACGCUGUCCGGGUCCUGUGCCCGUGUGUUUGCUUUCUUUCUGCCCCUCUUCCUGAAGCCCACACUCGCCUGGGCACCUCUACCACCUGCUUUCUUGCCGGGAUCUUGCUACUGAACUGUCUGACCCUUCUCCGUGGCUCCAGGCCCCAAGCCUCCCUCUCGAUUUUUGGUUCCUUCUCUACCCACAGUUGAAAGUCCUUCAGGAGGCAUCUCGUGGCCCCCGGCUCUCCCCAGAGAUGUGAAUUUUCUGAAUCCUACUUCCAGUAUUUUGGGGGAUAAUGUUUGCCUCUAGAGUACGCCUGUUUUAAAAUGUAGGUUUUAUUUCUAUCCAGAUAUGGUGAGGCCAACAGACCAGGAGACAACUGCCAUUGAAAAGAGUUUGUUACUUACAGUUCCCAAGAGGAGGGGUCCUGCUAUGGGGGUGGGGGCGGGGGGGGGGGAGCGCCCAGGGAAGCACCAGGUCCCAUAGGAGGCAGAGGGAGUGAGGGGAGAGCAUGGGCGAGAAACUGUUGUGGUUUUCCCAGGAAGGGACAGAUGAGACAUGUAUAGGGUGGAAAGGUUUACGAUUGGCUAGUUUCGCCCUGGGAGGUGCAGUUCCCCAUGGUCAGUGAGCUCCAGAUGUCAGAGUAUCAAGAAGACAGAAAAUAGUAAGAUAUCCAGGGCCAUGGCCAUGGCUUUGGGGAACGACCAAGGCUCAGUGUAUCUGUCACUUUAAGCCAGUGUUUUCAAACUGCCUCACAGAGCCUCCCUGGGGCCCCCCCGCCAGGGCUAGAGGCAAGGCUGCCAGCAGAUCAACUCUGAUUUAUCUGUUUACAUGUCUGGGAUGAUUUCCUCUGAAGAGAGGGUUCCAAAGCAUUUAAAAAACACAAUUUUAAAACCAUGGUUUUAGACCCAUUCCCUCUCUGGCCCUUAGUUUCCUCAUCUGUAAAGGAGACAGCAGGACUGGAAGCUGUGCUUCUGCUGUGGAGGAAAUUCCUCUGGUCACUGUUACAAAGAAGGGAAGGAGGAGGAUGCAGUCUGGGGGGCGGAGAGGGGACACCCGGAGUGAGAAGGGAGGGAGAGCCCUGUCUGCUCCCGCAGCCUGCUCAUUCUUCCUCUGCUGCCUUUUGUGUUCUCUUCCGGAUUUCUUCUCCCUCUGCCAUGCCUGCAGACUAGUACCUCCCAUUUUUCUUUCUCACGCAUGCCUACAGGUAAUUUUUAAUGGUCAACUCACCAUGUCCCGGGGACAGUGUCAUAAAAGGAAAUGUUUUCCUGUCGGAGCCAUUUCUCAUUGGAGGGAGGCACGUUCCUGACCAAGGGCUCACAUCCUUUCUCCUGCCUGUGCCCCCUCAGUUCACAGAAACGGACAUUUCAAACAGAAAUGAUCAUCCAAAACUAUAUAUUGAUUAUAAACGUGAUGUGUAUAUUGGUAGGGGCCACAGGAGGGUUGUGGUAGGAAGUGCCACUGAGCAAAGGCAACCAGGGUGGGCGUGGGAGAAUGUGGGCAAACUCGCCGGCGGCCGUCUAAAGACACUCAGAUUCAGAAAAGCCCAAGACACUUUGAAACCAAACGUAUCUGAGGCCAGUGUGUAUGCUCUACAAUAAAGUAUUUAGCCCAUCUAAUAUAAUUUCUAUAGAAUUAUCUUGACCUGAAAUUAUUUUGUUAGUUACAAUAAACUUUUUAAAAGGUUUUUUAUUUCCAAUUUAGGUGUUGGAAGAGUUUCUUUCUUUUUUCUUUUUUUUUAACAGGAUAAUUUGGAUAGCCUGGGCCCCUCUUCACAAAAAUGAAAACAGUAUUUGAGCUAAAGCCCUCUUUUGCUUUUGACAUUUUCCUUUCAGUGUUCUUGAAAGCAAAAGUUCAUCCAUGUUGUAGCAUAUAUUCAACUUUAUUCCUUUUUAUUAACAUAGUAUUCUGCUGUAUGCAUAGACUACGUUUUAUUUAUCCAUUCUUUAGUUGGUGGAUAUUUAGAUCGUUUCCACUUUUUUGGCCAUUAUGAAUAAUGAAUAAUGCAUUAUGAAUAAUGCUGCUGUGAACAUUGGUGUAUAAGUUUUUGUGUGGACAUACAUUUUCCAUUCUCUUGGGUAAAUACCUAGGAGUAGAUCGGCUGGAUUUAACCUUUCGAGGGAUUGCCAGGCUGUUUUCCAAUAUGGGUGUACCGUUUUAUAUUCUUACCAGCAGUGUAUGAGGGUUCCGGUUGCUCCAUAGCCUUGUCAGCACUUGUUAUUUUAACUUAGCCUUGUCUUUUAACUUAGCCAUCCUCAUUGGGGUAAAGUGGUAUCCCUUUAUGGUUUCAAUUUUUAUUUCCCUGAUACCUAAUGACAUUAAGCACCUUUUCAUGUACUUAUUUGCCAUUUCUAUGUCUUUUUAGGAAAACCGACUUCAGAUCCUUGACUCAUUUUUAAUUUGAUUAUUUGUAUUUUUCAUUACUGAGUUUUAAGAGUUCUUUAUACAUUGGAGAUACAAGUCCCAUAUCACAUUGUAUGAUUUAUAAAAAUUUGCUCCUCGUU